AUGACCCAAAGCUGCAGACCCUCUGGCCCUGCCCUUGCCUCCAUCCUGCUGACAAUGCUGCUGGGUGGCCCUGUGCUGGCCUCCAAGAUCGUGGGUGGCCGGCAGGCCCGGCCCCAUGCAUGGCCUUUCAUGGUGUCCCUACAGCAGCGAGGAGGCCACUUCUGUGGUGGCACCCUGGUGGCCCCGAACUUUGUCAUGUCGGCUGCACACUGUGUGAAUGGCAUAAACUUCCAGGCAGUGCAGGUGGUGCUGGGCGCACACAACCUGAGGCAGCGUGAACCCACCCGGCAGUUGUUCGGCAUCCAGCAAGUCUUUGAAAAUGGCUUUGAUGCCCAGAGGCUGCUGAAUGACAUCGUGAUUCUGCAGCUCAACGGGUCAGCCACCAUCAACGCCAAUGUGCAAGUGGCCAGGCUUCCCGAGCAGGACCAAGGUGUGGGCAAUGGGGAGCAGUGCUUGGCCAUGGGAUGGGGCCGGCUGGGCACAAACCGGCCGCCACCCAGAGUCCUACAGGAGCUCAAUGUGACCGUGGUGACAUCCCUCUGCCGCAGAACAAAUGUGUGCACACUGGUGCGGGGCCGGAGGGCCGGCAUCUGCUUCGGAGACUCCGGUGGGCCUCUGGUCUGCAACGGGCUGAUCCAUGGAAUCGACUCCUUCAUCAGAGGAAGCUGUGGCUCGGGCUUCUACCCAGAUGCCUUUGCCCCCGUUGCACAGUUUGCAGACUGGAUCAACUCCAUCAUUCGCAGGCACGAUAACCACCCUCAUCUCCACCCCAGGGACCCUGCAAGUAGGAUCCACUAG